AUGAGUGUGGAUGCUUUGGGAAACACAGUGAUGGACCCUGCUUUUUCCAAACGGAACUCGUCGCUGAGAAUAGUAGACUUGGCAGGGGCUCAUCAUCAUCAUCAUCAUCACCACCACCACCAACCCCAUCAGACUAUGACAGGCUUCCCGGGGUACAUGGGGCAUUCCCACUCAAUGGCUCACAUGCACCCUGGGGAGUACGCCGCUGAUUGUCGCCUGGGGCCAGGUCCUGCUUUCCGGCCAGAACACAUGGGGCACCAUCCAGCGGCCCUCAAGCUCAGCCCUGCCCAUAACCCUCACCAGCACCACCAUCACAUGGCAGGAGGCCACGCCGAGGCAGGAGCGUUUGUCCCGGCUCACUCAGCCAGAGUGUCCUUCUCCCCAGUCCCCCACUCGGCUCAGGCUAUCCCUGCAGGUAGGGACUUCUUAAUAGGGAGAGAUCUGACAAUACAAGUCAUGCCAGGUCUGAGUGAUCAGCCCUCUCCAGCAUCUUCUCACCAUGGAAUGUUUGUCUCAACAACAGGUAGCUACCCUGGGCAGCAUGGCCACCACACGGAUCCUGGAAGCCAUCCCUACUUCUCUGGACCACAUCAUGAGCAGCAUUCCCAUGCAACCCCAGGUGGCCACCAGCCUCUAAACGGACAGAUAAGAUUGGGGCUACCUGGCGACAUGUACGCCAGGUCUGAUCAUUUCACUCAAGCAGUGUCUAGGACGGAUCCCUUCUCUGCAGCUCUUCAUAGUGGCAUCAAUCUGAAUAUGAACUUAGCUCCUCACCACGGUCCUGGAGCCUUCUUCAGAUACAUGAGGCAAACUAUCAAGCAAGAGCUCAUCUGCAAGUGGCUAGAGGAGGACCAGCUUCCCAAAAAACUUUGCUCCAAAACUUUCAGCACCAUGCAUGAGCUGGUCACACAUGUCACGGUGGAGCACGUUGGGGGACCCGAGCAGUCCAGUCAUAUAUGUUUUUGGGAAGAGUGCGCCAGAGAAGGGAAGCCCUUUAAAGCUAAAUACAAACUGGUCAACCACAUAAGAGUCCACACAGGUGAAAAACCCUUCCCCUGCCCCUUCCCUGGAUGCGGGAAAGUCUUUGCCAGAUCAGAGAACCUGAAAAUCCACAAGAGAACUCACACAGGAGAAAAACCCUUUAAAUGUGAGUUUGAAGGCUGUGACAGACGUUUUGCCAAUAGCAGUGACAGAAAGAAACAUUCCCAUGUCCACACCAGCGACAAACCCUAUAACUGUAAAGUGAGAGGCUGUGAUAAAUCCUACACACACCCCAGUUCACUGAGAAAACACAUGAAAGUGCACUGUAAAUCUCCACCUCCAAGCUCAGGCUAUGAGUCCUCCAUACCUUCUCUGGUGUCCCCAUCCUCUGAUUCUGGACAGGACCCUGCAGCUGCAUCUUCUCAUUCUGAGCCAAUUUCAUCUUCACAAGCCAACCUGAGUGAAUGGUAUGUGUGCCAGAGCUCAGGAGCAAGUGGCAUCCCUACUCCACCUAGCCAUACUCCUUCACCUGAGCACAGGAAGGCCUCCUACAACAACUGCGAAGCUAGGCCAAACUACUGACUACUCCCAACCCAGUGCAACUUUCCUAUGGUUUACUGAGCACUGUAUUUUAUAGAGACUGCUGAGGAAAAAAGGCCUUUUGCCCUGCUGAGGACAACCCAGGACCAAUAAACAUACCAUAAGGGUUCAUGUGAUGUGAUCACAAAUAAAAACAUUGUGUGUGCUAUAUGAAUGAAUGUGAGGUCAACAUUGGACCAGGACCCCUAAAUGCGUGUCUGAAAAUCGUUACCUGGACUCCCUGUCCAACCUUUUGGUCAUUUUUCAAC